GUCCCAGUUUGUGGAUUUAUUCCGUUCCGAUAACACGAUUUAUAAUCAUAUCGUCGUCGCUUCGUUACCGUACCCGCGGUGCACACCCGAAACCAUAACAGCAGUAGCGUAUCGUCGCACGUCAACCGCACGGCCAACAUGUGCGCGUCGCGUAAACGGGUGGGCGCGUCCAUCGUGGUCGCUUUGUGCGCGAUGUGUUCGCUGAAGGCGACGGCAGCGGCGGCGCACGGCGGCGCGGAACAAUCGCCCACCGAACAGGUGGUCGGCGCGCAACAGCUACCGGUGCCGCCGUCCAUCGCGGCCGCGCAACACCACGCCAGGAACGACGACACGGCCAACAUGGAGCUCCUCAAACAGGUGCUGACGAAGAAAUGUCUGCAUCGGUACACGAUGACCUGCCUGAAACUGGACUUGGUGCGGCUGAUCGACCGACUGGGAACGGCUAGAGCCUAUCAACUAGUACCGGGGGUGUCACUGAUCAGGGCGCAGGCGGACGGUAACCACAACCAGCAGCAGCAGCAGCAACAGCAGCAACAGAGCCGUAGUAUCGGUAUACCGCCGGACGUGAUUAGGUCGCUGGUCCGGGGCAACGAGUCCGCCGAAGAGCUGGACGGGUAUCUGAUGGAAAAAGUCGACGCGUACCUCAAUUCCCUGUCCAUCAGCGUCAAGCUGGUCGACUCGGCCGUCGUGGAGAACGUGCGCAAGCUCAGCAGCCAAAUGCUGGUCAACAUACUGCCCAGCGGCCUGCUGGAGACCGGACGGGGCAAAAAGAACGGGAUGCAUGCGGCCCUGUGGUCGGCCGGCACGCUGGCGGCUAUCGCGUUCGCGGCGCUGGCCGCCAUGUCCGGCAAGGCGCUGAUGACGGCCAUGCUCGCGCUGGUGCUGGCGGCCGUGUGCGCGCUCAAGGGCCAAGGCGGCGGCGGCGGCGGCGGCGGCGGCUACGGCAAGACGUCGCACUACGAGAUCAUCACCAAGCCGGCCAUCUACGACCACGAUCACUUGGUGCACGGGGCCUCGUACUCGUCCGCGCCGUACAGCUACGCCCGUCACCUGACCAUGGACGAGGGCGGCGCCGCGUACCACUUGCAGGGCCACGUACACGUCGACCAACCACCACAUCGCGUGACCGUCGUGCACGCCGCACCGGCCGCAGCCGUCCACUCGUCGUCGUCGUCGUCGUCGUCGUCGUCGUCCGACGACAGCCCGUCCGGCCCCGGUCGUCCCGCUUCCAGCUUGACCGGCGACGAGGACGCGGACGACGAGGCCACCGUCGGUCACAUGUCGUACCCGUUGUCGCCGAUCGCCUACAUACCGACCAACAACACUUGACGCGACACUGCGCAUGCUGACCGCUUCGACACCGUCGUCAUCGCGUCGUAAGAACCCGACGCCGUUUACUGGUAUUUCAUUCUUUCCCUACGACGCGUGUUCUUUAUUUAUGUGUUUGUAUGAUUUUUUAUUUAUUCGUUUAGUUUAUUUAUUUAUUUAUUUGUUUGUUUAUUUAUUUAUCUAAACCUCCCACCCUUCUUAGUCCUCCACACAUUUGCCGUUCGUCCGUGUAAUAAAACUAUAUUUUUCUGUACAUUACAACUACCGGUUUUUGUGUGUA